AUGUCAAAAGAUUUAAAUUUCGAUGAAAAAAAUCUUUACAUAAGUGAUGAAUUGAUUAAAAUGGAAAAAGAAUUACAUUCAGAAAUAGAAUUAGUGGUUAAGGAAGAAGACGCGGAAGAAAAUGUUUCAGAAGAACCUCAAGAAAAUCAGAAUGAAAAUCAAUUUUUUUCAUGUGAUGAAAAUCAAAUAUUUAACAGCGAAAUCAAGUUAGUUAACAAUAAACAAAUUCUUAAUCAAGAAAAGCGUUUCACUUGUGAUGUUUGUGAUACAAAAUUUGCACGGAAGAAUCAUUUACUCGAACAUAAUCUUAUUCAUUCCAAAGAAAAGAAUUUCUCAUGUGAUCUUUGUGGUAGAAAAUUCACUCGUCAAAGUAGUUUAAAUCGACAUAAACGACAACAACAUGCCGAGCAAGAACCAUUUUCAUCAAAUAUUAAAGAACAAGGUUACACAAAUGAAUAUUAUUCCGAAGAACCUCAAGAAAAUCGGAAUGAAAAUCAAUUUUUGUCAUGUGAUGAAAAUCAAAUAUUUAACAGCGAAAUCAAGUUAGUUAACAAUAAACAAAUUCUUAAUCAAGAAAAGCGUUUCACUUGUGAUGUUUGUGAUACAAAAUUUGCCCGGAAGAAUCAUUUACUCGAACAUAAUCUUAUUCAUUCCAAAGAAAAGAAUUUCUCAUGUGAUCUGUGUGGUAGAAAAUUCACUCGUCAAAGUAGUUUAAAUCGACAUAAACGACAACAACAUGCCGAGCAAGAAUUAUUUUCAUCAAAUAUUAAAGAACAAGGUUACACAAAUGAAUAUUUUUCUGAAGAACCUCAAGAAAAUCUGAAUGAAAAAGAAGGUUUUUCAUGUGAUAAAGAUCAAACAUUUUAUUUCUCGUGUGAUUUUUGUAGUAAAAAAUUUACUCGUCAAAGCAGUUUAAAUCGACAUAAUCGACAACAACAUGCCGAGGAGGAAGAAUCAUUUUCUUUGGAUAUUAAGAAUGAAGUAAUUAAUUCUGAGCCUAAACAAGAAAAAGAUUCGAUGAAUUCGAAUAUAACACAAAAUUCGUGUUCAAGGACACUUUUAGCUCAACAUAAACGACAACAUACCGAUGAAAAACCAUUUUCCUGUGAGAUUUGUGGUAAAACAUUUAAUUUACGAUCAAAGCUACUUCAACAUCGUGAAAUUCAUAUCGAAAAAGAAAAAUCAUUUUCAUGUGAUGUUUGUAAUAAAACGUUUACGUUUAAACGUUAUUUACUACAACAUAUUAAACGAACUCAUUCGAGAAAAAAGAAAUUCUCUUGUGAUGUUUGUAGCGAAACUUUUGAACGGAAAAGUUUCUUGUAUAAACAUCUACAACAGACUCACACCGGAAUUAAACCGUUUGCAUGUAAGAUUUGUGGUAAAACAUUUCAAGCGAGACGAUAUCUACGUGGACAUCGUCAAAUUCAUACCGAAAAAGAAACAUUAUUUUCAUGUGAUGUUUGUAAUAAAACGUUCACGCUUAAACGCUAUCUAGAUCAACAUAAACAAUCUCAUUCGGGUGAAAAAAAUUUCUCUUGUGAUAUUUGUGGUCAAAGUUUUGGCCGGAAAUAUUACUUGGAUCGGCAUCUACAAAUUCAUACCGGAAUUAAACCGUUUGAAUGCGAUAUUUGUGAUAAACGAUUUUAUCGAUCUUGUUACUUAAAAAAACAUAAACAAGCGCAUACUGGGGAAAAACCUUAUGUAUGUGAUAUUUGUGGUAAAGCAUUGAGUCGACCGUAUAGUUUGGUUAUACAUAGAGCGAUUCAUACAGGAGAGAAACCAUUUGCUUGUAAAAUGGAACAAGAAUUACACCCAAAAACUAAACUAUUAAAAGUUAAGGAAGAAGUAUGGGAAGAAAAUAAUUCUGUGGAAUUUCCACAAAAUGUAAAUGAAGACAAACCUAUGCCAGAUAAAAAUGAUAAAAUUCGUGAUCUUGAUCAUAAACGAACUCCUAAGCAAAGAAAACGUUUCGCGUGUAAUAUUUGUGAUAAAAAAUUUCCCGAAAUAUCUACUUUACGUGAACAUAAACUUACUCAUUUCGAAGAAAGUGAUAUUUCAUGUGAUACGUGUGAAGAAAUACAACUUGAAGAAGAAAAUCAGAUUUCGUACGAGUCAGAAGUUCCAAUUAAAGAAAAAAAUUUAGCUUGUGAUGUUUGCGGGAAAACAUUUAGUACGAAAGGUAAUUUAAAACAACAUAAACUUUCUCAUUCCACGGAAAAACCAUUUUCAUGUGAUACUUGUGGGAAAACAUUUACAUUGAAAGGUGGUCUAAAAAUGCAUAUUUUAACUCAUUCCAAAGAAAAACCAUUCUCCUGUAAUGUUUGUAGUAAAAAAUUUGCGCGAAAAUCAAUUUUGCGACAUCAUCAAAGAAUUCAUACGGGAGAAAAACCAUUUUCUUGUGAUUUAUGUGAAAAAAAAUUUCGUGGAAAAACAGCUUUAAAAGAACAUAAACGAACACAUACCGGAGAAAAACGUUUUUCUUGUGAUAUCUGUGGGAAAUUGUUUAGUUUGAAAAAUAAUAUGAUUAUACAUCGACGUGAUCAUACCGGGGAAAAACCAUUUUCUUGUGAUAUUUGUGAUAAAUCGUUUAAAUCGAAUGGGAGCUUAAGUGAACAUAAGUUUAUAAACUAUAGUCAUUCGACAGAUAGACCAUUUUCAUGUGAUAUUUGUGGUAAAACAUUUAUACGAAAAUUUUCUUUAAUAAAACAUCAACGAAUUCAU